AGGGCGGCGCCGCGUUCGGAACCGCUCGGGUGUUUCCGUGACCCUUGAAGGGCCGGCGCGGCCGUUGUCGGGCGCACGGGACCGGUUAGCCCAGGGCGGCGCGGCCUCGGUGGCAGAGCCGCUCCCUCGGUGGGGAGGAAUCGCGAUCCUGCCAGGCAGAAGGCCGUUGCUGAAAGGGGACUUCAGGGAGUGAGUACAGGAUGACUCAGCAGGGAGCUGUUCUUCAGGGUUACAAUAAUGAACUGGUGAAAUGCAUUGAAGAUUUAUGUAUGCAAAAAGAAGAACUGAACAAACAAAUCCAGCAAGCAGAAGAGGAAAAGAAUAAACUCCAGCAUGAAAUCCAAGUCCUCAGUGAACAGCUGGAGUGUGUAUGUGAAAAUCUGGCCCAAAAGGUGGCUUCACGGAAUGAGCUUGAUAAAAUACUUGCUGAAACUGAAGCUGCUUACAUGAAAAUUUUGGAUAGCUCUAGAACUUUACUUAAUGUCCUGAAGAAGGAAGUGGGAAGCUUAAAGCAUUCACCAGAUCUGAAAACCAAUGUAACGUGAAACAGUCAAAUGUUUGGACUCUGCAGUGCUAAAAUUCCACUAGCAGAUGCUGCCCAGCGUCUGAUUUCUGUCCUGAUCUGGAGUAACUCCAGGGGCGUGCAUGAAGCCAUCUCCUUUUUCCCUCCUGACGGGGUGGUGGCGGGGAGGAGACUGAAGACUAUUGUUCUCCCUCCCUGUGUCCCUCCUGCAGCAUCAGCCAACAUUGUUCCUUUUUAUUUACUUCCCCCUCUGUAAACCAGCAGGGCUCACAGCAGAGGGAUGCAGCUCUCCUCAUUAGAGUAAUUAGGCUGAUUUAUGAGAGAGUGGCACAGUGGAGGCGAGCUUUCCUAGUACAGCAUUCCCCACGGGAGGCUGGGCACCCACCCAGCUGCUGGCAGUGUGGUGCUGGGCUGGAGGGCCUCCGUCUCCUCAACCCUUGAUAUCAGUGAAAAUGGACAAACACAUGCACUAAACACUUCUUUCCUUCACGUGAUACUCUUCACAAGUUGUAUGUUCCAAGUUAGUAUUAGAAGUCUAAUUAAAGUAAUAGAGGAGAGGGAUCCUUCCUUAGUGUUAACUAAGUGUAAAUUUUGGCCUGUAAAGGACUCCUCAAGCAAGUUUGCUCUGUCACUGGAACAGCAAGAGCUGGUAGGGCUUUGUUCCUCUCUUGCUCUGUGGAAGUUUUGCAUUACUUUUUUGAAAGGCUUUUGUAUGAUGAGCUAGGAAAUUUCCUUCUUCCAGGAAGAAUGUUAUUAAUAACCUUUGUUCAUCCCAUUUCCUUGGUAUCUUCAUGGCAAGAUAGUGUGUGUCUGGAAAGUCCUUCUGCACUUUGCAAGUCGCAUUUAAAAUGUACAUUGACCUAUUUAAAAACACAUUUAAGUUUUUAAAAAUGUUAUACAAGCAAACGAACAAAAAUAUAAAAUAUCAUUAGCAAUUCUGCCUGUUGUGUUUCUGCCAGACACCAGGAUCAAACUUGCGAAACUUGCCCAUGGCCUGCACUUCCCAGUGCAAUAUUUGUGGUCACCUUUAUGAAAGAAAUGUACCCAUCGCUUGUCUUCACUAACAGGGUGGCAUUUAUAGUGCCUGAAGGGCAAUUAAAUAAUUUUGUAAUCUUCCCCCAAGUCUGUAAGAGUGUAUUUUGUCCAGGAGCAUUUUGAUCAUGCUAAAGGCACAUUCAAUAGCCUCUCACAUUGCAAACUCUGUGAAAAUCCUCAGUGAACUCAAGGAACUGCUGGUAGAACCAAGCCAGACAAGUGAAAGCAAUAAAAGAAUGAAGUGUAUGUUAUAAAGUGACAUGAAAAAUCUUACUGCAGUUGUAACUGCCUCAAAAUGCCUCAUACCACCCACAUAAACAUCCAACGUUUUCUGCCACCUUCGCGUUGUCUCAAAUGCUCUCAAUACACUUUCGAGUGGAACAUUUGCCUGUCUUUUAUGUCUUGCAUACACAGAAAAGCAGUGCAAACCCCGGUUUCAUUCAUCCCAUUCCCUCAUGCAAAGCCUCAGGAUAUUUUUGGCUGCCACACAGUUGAUCCAUGAAGAAAUAUACCCCUCUUUUAUAGACUUGCA